UCAUUCACACACAGUCCUCCCGCAAUUAACGCAGCAACUGAGAAGAAGAAAGCGAUGCGACAUUCCAUUUCUGCGUUUCGUUAGUGCCGGCACCGGUGAUAUAAAACGCGGACUCUGUUGUCGUUUUACUGUAUCACAAACCCGACCCGGAUUCAAUGGGGUGUGUGAGUUCGAAGCAAGCGGUGUCGGUAACGCCGGCGAUCGACCACUCCGGCGCGUUCGGGAGGAAACCCGCCGAGCCGGAAAACAACAAGAAGGUGGUCGGAGCGAUCCAGCGCGGCGAGGUUGGUGAGUCAGGGAGAGCGAGUUCGAACGGUUGCGAGUCGUCGUUGAGCUUCAGACUGGGGAACCUGCAUAGGUACGUGCAGGGGGAGCACGUUGCGGCUGGCUGGCCGGCGUGGCUCAGCGCCGUCGCCGGUGAAGCCAUUCACGGCUGGGUUCCGCUCCGCGCCGACGCGUUUGAGAAACUCGAGAAGAUUGGGCAAGGGACAUAUAGCAGUGUGUUUCGGGCGAGAGAGGUUGAAACGGGGAAGAUAGUGGCUCUGAAGAAGGUGAGAUUUGACAAUUUUGAACCGGAGAGUGUGAGGUUUAUGGCGCGGGAGAUUAUGAUUCUGCGGCGGUUAGAUCAUCCCAAUAUCAUAAAGCUGGAGGGGUUAAUCACUUCCAGAUUGUCGUGUAGCAUGUACCUUGUCUUUGAGUACAUGGAGCAUGAUGUUACAGGGCUCUUGUCUGCUCCUGAUAUCAAGUUUACUGAACCUCAGAUCAAGUGCUACAUGAAGCAGUUGCUAUCUGGUAUUGAGCAUUGUCACUUGCGGGGUGUGAUGCACAGGGAUAUCAAAGGGUCGAAUCUUCUGGUGAAUAAUGAGGGAGUAUUGAAGGUGGCGGAUUUUGGAUUGGCAAACUUCACAAGUUCUGGGCACAAGCAGCCCCUCACUAGCCGUGUUGUCACCUUGUGGUACCGUCCGCCGGAGCUUCUCCUUGGCGCGACGGAUUACGGCCCAUCUGUGGAUCUUUGGAGUGUUGGCUGUGUGUUUGCAGAGCUACUUGUUGGGAAGCCUGUACUUCAGGGGAGAACUGAGGUUGAACAAUUGCACAAAAUUUUCAAACUUUGUGGCUCCCCACCUGAGGAUUACUGGAAAAAGACUAGACUUCCUCAUGCAACUUUGUUUAAGCCUCAGCACCCAUAUGAUAGCUGCCUCAGAGAGUCUUUUAAAGAUUUGCCUCCGGCCAGUGUAAAUCUGUUGCAAACUCUUCUUUCUGUUGAACCUUACAAACGUGGGACUGCCACAUCUGCUCUCUCCUCCGAGUAUUUCAGAACAAAACCUUAUGCAUGUGAGCCAUCAAGCUUGCCAACAUAUCCACCAAGCAAAGAAAUUGAUGCAAAGCACAGGGAGGAGUCUAGGAAAAAGAUUGGGGGACGAGCUCGAGGAAAUGAAACAAGAAAAUCAUCAAGAAAGCCACUGGGAUCCAAUAAACUACUAGCCCCAGCUGAGAAUUUGGCUAGUCAAACUCAAACUGCCCAAAAGGCCAAUGGUAGAUCUUUCCGCAUCCUAAAAGAAGAGAAGAAUAACAUAGGUGAGGAGGCACAAAAGCCAUCCGGUGGUAAACCUGAAGAUGCUUCCCAUAUGAAGAAUGCAUCUCAAGGAGAUAUUCCCUUUUCAGGGCCAUUACAAGUUUCAACAUCAAGUGGCUUUGCAUGGGCAAAAAGCCGUAAAGAUGACACUUCAAUUCGAUCCCAUUGUCGAACGAUUUCUAGAGGACAUAUUUUCAAUCCAUUAGAACCUUCAACAUUAAAUUCAAGGAAUUAUUCGGACAUCAAAAACCAGGAAAAUAAGGAGUCUUGUGGGAGACGCACCAAAUCUAGGGGCCAUGACCUACUUGAAAAUUCUAAGCCUUCUAUGCAGAAUCAGUGGAGUAGGUUUGAUCGCCCAGAUUCAUUUGAUGCUUCGGAUGAGUACCACUCACAAGAACUGUCAAUGGCGCUUUAUCAUAGAGAAGAUUCAAUGUCCAAGAGAAGUAACCUGAGUUUUCAGGAUCAAGGAGAAAAGGUUGAAUUUUCCGGACCCCUAUUAUCUCAAAUGCACACAGUUGAUGAGCUCUUAGAAAAGCAUGAGCGUCACAUCCGGCAAACUGUCCGUAGGUCAUGGUUCCAGAGAGUUAAGAAGCAUGAGAAGUAAAUCAAGCAAAUGAUACAAGAAGUUAUUCUGAGAAGACCAUCUCCAUUUUCCAAGCGCACUGCUAUGAACUGCAAACGAUCAUCAGACAUGCAAAGAUGCGGAGUCUAGCAGCUGAUUUGUUGCCUACAAGCUGGGAACGUCAACAAUAUGAUGAGCUUAUCUCUUUCAGCUUUCAUAAAUAGAGAUCGGAGGCCAGUGCAAAGAAAAGAAUAAAGGUCCUUUGAGUUCCCUGUUUUAGUCAAUUAUAGAGAAUUUGUUUCUCUCUUCUUGCUUUUGCUAAUUGAUCUGCUUGCAAGUCUCAUCCGGCAACUGUACAUAUUUCAUCUUUCGUGACUGAUGAGGUAUAGUCUAGUCACCUUCAUUAUUCCCCGUUUUUAGGUUUCAAAAGAAUUAUAUUAGCUAUUUCUAUGCCUAGCAACUUCCUACCAAGUAAGGUAGGAGCCUAUUUUUGCAGAAUACCAUAUUCUCCUUAUUAUUGCCUCAUCUUUGGGUCCAGAGUUAUAAAAUCUCAGUUUGAUCCUCGUUCGAAGAUCUACUGCUUCAUAAA